AUUACAGUACAGGAACAAACUACAGACGGAUAUUGCCAGAAAGCCCUCCGCCAUUCGCACCAAUGAGCGUUACAGAUGUAGGCAAGGUGAACUCUCUUGGCCAAUGAGAAGGGCGGAUUCUGCUGCUCGAAGUCCACAUACUUUUCUGGAAGCUUGGCGCUUGACACCGACAGAGACCAUCGCUCAGACGGCAAUUGACCACGGUCGGUGCCCAGCCAGCCAAGCGGGAGCCAUGCCUGUCCCCGCUGGAUACGUCAGCGACUCCCCAGCCGCGGCCUUCACAUCCUCGGCCUCGCUUAUUCCACCGCCACCGAUAAACACCCAGCAGCCCGGUGUUGUCACCUCACUGCUGUACAGCGGCUCCAAGUUCAGGGGCCACCAGAAGAGCAAAGGGAACUCGUACGACGUUGAGGUCGUUUUACAGCAUGUUACCAUGGAGGAUUCCUACUUGUGUGGCUACCUGAAGAUAAAAGGACUGACUGAGGAAUACCCAACUCUGACCACGUUCUUCGCUGGGGAGAUCAUCAGCAGGAAGCGGCCGUUUCUCACACGUAAAUGGGACGCAGAUGAGGAUGUGGAUCGUAAGCACUGGGGCAAGUUCCAUGCUUUCUACCAGUAUGCAAAGACAUUCAACUCGGAUGAUUUUGACUAUGAGGAUCUGAAGAAAUCUGACUAUAUUUUCAUGAGGUGGAAGGAGCAGUUCCUGGUCCCCGACCACACAAUAAAAGACAUCAGCGGAGCAUCCUUUGCCGGAUUCUACUACAUAUGCUUCCAGAAAUCCACAGCAACGAUCGAGGGCUACUACUAUCACAGGAGCUCUGAAUGGUACCAGUCGCUAAACCUCACCCACGUUCCCGAGCACAGUGCAGCCAUCUAUGAGUUCCGGUGACCCCGGCCGGCAUCGUGGAUCUUUUCUUGAUGGACACAGACUUAAGGCGAAGCAGAGGUCUGCAGAUGCUACCGAGAAUGAAAAGGAGAACGAAUAGGGACGAGAAUUUUGGACUCUGGAGAAGUGCAAACUCAUACAUGUUCCCAAUAAGUGGAAUAACAUCAGAUUGACCAGUGGAUGGGAUAUCGCACAGAUGAAUGUAUGGAUGAGAUGAGAAGAAAAGAAGUAAGAGCAGAUGUGCUCCCUGGCUGGAGCUUGUAAAGUUACAACCAGCAGCAGAGACGGGGUGUGCCUCAUACUGUGUACCCCUUUUCUUUAUUCCUUUUAACGUCUGGUUUUAAACAUGCUUGGCGCAGCAUCUACAGACACUUUAUGAACUGAGUUGGGAAUUCUCCUUGGUGUUUUUCAACCAGCAGCAUCGUCAGCUUUCACUCGGCCGAUGCCGAGCGAGCAGAAACACAUUUGACUACCGUUGGACAAGGAUUCCUCUGAGGAGUCUGCUCUCACAGACACGAUCUGGAAAGAAGUGACUCAAGUCUGUGAGGAAGAAAAGCCCGAGAGUAGUUUGGGUUCAUGAUUGAUUGGAGCUUCAAUCAGCCCAUAAGCUACAAUGGCAGUAUUUGUUUUAGCUAAGCUGGGUCUUUGUUUGCCUACCAAGAGGAUAUUUUGUUAUCUUACUCUAAAUGAUGGACGCAGAGUGGCACUUUUAAAGGCUGCAAUGUGAGGGACAAGCAAAACAAGCUUCCCCCCCGCCCAUGUUCAUACAACUCCUUGGGAGAUUAUUAUCAACAUGUGAUUGCUGUGAAUCUUGUUCUAUUGCGUUACAUUUGCACAAAGAUGGACUAUAUGUAACUGAAGCUUGCAGUCAAGAUUUACGCUCGCGUGCUCUAGUCCACAAGGUGGCAGGACAAGCUUUUUAAACUUGUUUUUAAGGGUUUGAUUGCAUAGGGAAGUUCAGAGCCAAAACAAUCACGUACAAGUAUUAAAGAAAAAAGUAUUUUUACUUUGCACUCUGCAUUAAACAAAGAGCUUUUUACUCCCUCAUUUGUCAUUUUAAAUGAAGAUCCCUUCUAUCCCCACAUGUCUGUCCCCUCGACUAUGCAACACUUUCAACAUAGCACUCUUUAAACAAAAAAAACUGCAGUUUUCAGAGACAGAAUUUUAUUCUAUCCUCAUAGUAUAUGUAAAAAAAGAAUAAAGGAAAGAAUCUAUCUUCAUGAAAGGAAAUAUUUUUGUUAAAUUGCCUAUGUAAACACCCCCUGAUCAUGUUCCCUCCCCACGUGAUGGUGCCAUCUUUCUAAAGCUUAUCAGAGUUGUAUUAUAAAAGUGUGUUUUUUGUUGUUGAGAAUAAGCCUGGAUUUGAUUGACGGUGUGACUGUAAAGAAUGGAUUUUAAAAAGUCAUAUCAAAAUA